AUGCAAACAAAAAAAGAGCCUUAAUUUUUGAAACCUUAAUUAAGUGCAGGGACCUUAAAUAAGGAACCUUUAACAAUUAGAUUUCUGAGACACUAAGCAAAAUCUUAAGAUGUAUUUAUUUCCUUCUAAAAUUAACAGCUUUAUACUAAUUUCUUAUAACACAAAGAACCUAAAAUAGUCAAGCAACCAAAGAAAUGGACUUUGAAAUAAUUAUUAAAUAUCGUUGAUAAGCAAUCAUCAGCAAUAUCAACAACCCGUUUUUUCAACAUCAAAAGUUCAAACAAGAGAAGUCAAGAAUAAAGUAAAGAGAAAGAUAAAGAUAAAUCAGAAGUCUUUCCUAUUGUAGAAGAAAAAUUCGUUGAAGAGUAAGUUGGUGAAUCAGCAAGAAUACGAUUAGUUAAAUUUCUAUCUUUUCACAAAGUGAAUUCGAAUGGAUAAGUUGAUAAAACAAAGCAAGGCUUUAAUCUAAAUUUAUCUUAAAUAAAACCAGAGAAUCAAAGCUAAAGUAAUAUAAAGAAAACACUCAUCAAAAUAAAUACUUCAAGAUUCAAAUAAGAUCUCAAUAAUAGUACAUCUGAUUAGAGAAAUCAAUUGAAAACAAUAAAAUAGAAAAUUCAGAAUGUUAUUAGCUCUACUGAUAGAAAGAUCUUAAUUUCGUAUGCUAAUACAGCUUAAUAACUAUAAUUAACCUCUGGCAGAAAAAGAAAUAGCAGAAUCGUAAAAAAGUUUUAGAGAAUUAUUAAAGAAAUAAUCUAGGUUGUAAAAUACAUGUUGAAAUACAAAUUAUGGUUUUGUUAUCCGAUUACGUAUAAUCGAACAUUUUUGUAGAAAGUCCUAGAUAAAUAGUUCGAAUAGAUAAAAAAUGAGUUACAUCAAGAUCCUUAAUUAGUGCAUAUUCGAAACUAAGUAUUUUAAAUAAAGUAAACAAGAGCAUGGAUAAACCCCUCUGCAUUUAGCGUGCAUCUAAAGUAAUUUUGCUAUGACCAAAUUAUUUAUUUAAAAUAGAAGUUAUCUAAAUAGUUUGGAUUGCUAUGAAUUAACUCCCUUGUCGUAUGCAAUUUUGUCUAAUUCUACAAUAUGUCUCAAAGUAUUAAUUAACUUAAAUUAAAGUUAUUACUUGAUUCGCUGGCAUCUCCUUGGUCACCUCCUGGAUAAAUGAUUGAUUUAAGUAAGGUUACUACCCUAAUGAAAGAAAUGAUUCUUAAAUCAAGGAUGUAUGAUAUAUUACGAAUUUGGAAGAGAGAGGUAAAGAUUAAGCAAUUGGUUAAAUAAUUUAGUAAGAAUAAAUGA